CUGGGCUCUCCGGCACUGACCUACGUACCCUAUGGUAAACAGUGGCUGCAGGAAUGGUACAGUGGAAUUCGUGGCUUCGACUGGUAUGAAACCAGUUCGACGGCACUCGUUGAACAUCUGAAAGACUUUCACCAGAUGUUCCGAUGGCCGAUAUGGGUCACUGAAUGGACAUGCCAGGACUUCAAGGACGCGGAUGCAGAAUGCUCGCCGCAAGACAUCGUCGGUUUCGUGAAC